AGAGAGAGAGAGAGAGAGAGAGAGAGCAGUGAUAUCUUGCAAAUUCUUAUAGGAAACUGACGUAUUUUAGUUUAUGAAUUUGACAAAACGUAGCUCAGAGUGUAGAAAAUGUCCUCACUGAUAGCUCCUAGCUAUUCUCGUAGUGAUUAUCAUCUUUUCGUUAUGUAGAAAGUGUUUUCUAUCUGUUUUGUGUUUAGAAAGUUCGAAGGGCGGAGUAAGAGCUAAAAUGUAUGAAGCAAAGACUUUUAGUGCUGCGAAUGAUACUUGUCAACACCUUAUUACAUUUCUGAUUAUUAUUCUCGUCAAGGGGAGAAACAUAGGGGGUGGGGGAGUCGAGGAGGAGGAGGAUCUAUAAGGAUAGUAUUAAGAAUUGCGGGGAGGAGUCUAGAGGGAGCACCUGGAGUUCUAAAGGAGCUAAAGAAGCCUGAUGGUCUACCUGGUCGCUGGCGGCAGUCAGUCGUGUGCCAGCCGUGACUGGAAGUGGAGUGCGUGUUUACUGAAGCCAAACAGACCGUGUGGAUGGGGCAGUGACAUUCUCAGCGGCAGCAAGAAGACGCGGGCGGCGGCGUGAUGGGCGGGGCUUGGGGCCUGCUGCUCCUGCUGGCUAUAACAGGUGUGGUGAGAUGUGCCGGAGCGGACAGCAGCGGAGGAGCACAGCUUCCCGAAGUGAGCGUGACAGCCGCAUCUCCCAUCGACCUUUCCCACCCGCACUCUCUCCCGUCUCAGGACGUGGAUGCUCAGGAGAGGAAUAGCAAGGGUGAAGGCAAGGAGGCGGAUGGAAAGGGUUUAGUGGUUGACGAAGGACUGACAGAGGAUGACCACGUGGCUGACUCUAGGCACAGUGCCACCUCCCCUUCAGCUUCUAGCCGCAUGCUGUUCGUGGGGAAGGACAUUCACCCUUCCCUCGCUGCCAAUUCAACCACCAACAGAACGAGGGACCUUCUGACUUGGCGUCUCAAAGACCAGACACGUCUGAAGGAUCUCACUAACAAGAUUCUGGCCAGUGUGAAGGAUCAGUGGCGGCGGAACGAGGAGUUUGGAAUCCUGAACAAACAUCCUCAUGACGUAGGAGCCUCAGAUGGACAGAGCGAGGCAGGAUCCCAGGUUGUGGAGAGACGAGUGGCGCCACCCAAACACUUUAGCCGCCACCCAAGUCGACUGCCCUGCCCUCGCCGAGGCUGUAAGUCUGCUAAUGAGACCCUGGAACUACGUCGUCGCCUUAUGCACGAUCUCCAAUCCUCCUUCAGUGCCCCGCUGCCCUCCAGGAUUCGGUACCGCCUCAAGAAAAAACCCUCCAUUUACACCUCCAAGAAGCCCAGCUCGCGUCAAGACAUCGGGGUGCCGGACAUAUAUGAGACUGAAGUCUCCAUCACCCCGAAGCUGAGGCGCCGUCCACCCGCCCAUCUCACUCAAGGCGGCCAUUCCAAUGAGUUUGGUUUCGCCGCAGACAGAAAAUUCAGUCAGUUUGUAUUGCCGGAGGCGCAGCAGCACGUUGCCUUGGAGUCUUUGGCGACCCCAGACGACACAGCUGCUGAUGACACCUCCACCCAGACAUACAUUCCUCUCAGUUCGGUCUCAGCAUCUGAUCUUCCUACCAGUCUGGUGUACCGGCCUCCGCGCCGUCCUCCUGGCAGCCAGAGGCGACGCACCAGUGGUCUUCUCCGGCGUCCAUCUACAUCCGAACCCCACUAUUUCACCACUCCUUCCUCCCUCCAACACCUCAGUAUUCAAGCCCAUCUUCCCUACCGCCGUCCUGUCUCUUUCAGGUACAGUAGAACACCGAACGCUGGUGGUGGUUCCACACAUUCCACCUCUUCUGCCCCUAGGGUUCAUCACUCCACCAUUACCAACCAAGACGACUCCACACAUGUCACAAACAUCCCUCUCCAUAGCAGCACAGCCUCGGGAAACACUCACCCUUCUCAGAAAUAUCUUCCUCCAAACAAGGAAUACAUUCCCCCACGAGGAACGUCGCCCAAAACUCCUGCCAGAGAAGAACCCACCAAGCCUCCCGUACACUACGUGCCGCCACAGAAUGAAUACCUCCCAUCCAAACCCACGACAGAUGUCAAGCCUUCCACCGAGCCUUCCCCGAUGUACCAGCCUCCUUCUAAGGAAUAUAUCCCCCACGAACCGCCCCAUCAGGAUUACAAGGCACCCACCGAGCACUCCGAGGAGCCCCAUUCACAGCCACCGAGAAAGUACAUUCCCCCCAACAAAGAAUAUUUGCCCCCAAAGGAUAAUCAGGAAGAUUUCCCUGCACCAUCGAAGGAAUAUCAUCCCCCGAAGACUACUUCCAAAGUGCCAUCCAGACACUACUUAACACCUGACAAGGAAUACAAGCCUGUCACUAGACGACCCCACCGACCCUCCUCGGAGCAAAAGACUCCUGCGACAGGAUACUCUGAACCUCCCAGAAAGUAUCUUCCUCCUGAUAAGAACUUUGGGUCAGACGGGAGUGGCCUGGGUGGUCGACGACCUCCGUCUCGGAGACGUAGACCUGGUAAAAGGAGGAGAAAGAACAGGAAACGCCCAACUCCUCCUAGUAGGAAAUACAUCCCCCCUAACAAGGAGUAUCUGCCCCCUCACACUGACUCUCUCUCCGACAAAGAACCUUCGAAAACUUACGAAACACCUGACAAAGAAUAUUUGCCUCCCAAAAACUACUCCUCGCAUUCUGAUUCCGUGACGGCAACCACUGUAACAGUGCCUUAUACUAUCCCAUCCAGGACAUACCUGCCGCCUCACCUUGCCCGCAGUACUGCAGCUCCCCCUUACACCACUCCUACUCCUCAUUCUAAUUAUGUACCCCCACACCUCCCCACUCCACCCACUUCGUCUCCCAAGCAGCCGCAUUCAGGAUUCAGUUCCCCAGCUGUGACCUACGGGCCUCCAGUCAGGACUUACCAGCCGCCCACUAAUAGUUACAUCCCGCCCCAAGGGACUACCACGCUUCCAGGCUGGCUGCACAGCAUUAAGACAGACCACGCCUCAUCAGGUCCCGCCCAGCCUGAGGUGUAUGUUUCCAGAUUUCCCCCACCUCUUAAAGUGUUUGCCGAUCACCAUACCUCCUCCAUAACGACACCCCAGCCUGCGUACACUCCUCCAGUGAGGACUUAUCAGCCUCCCAUUAAGGAAUAUCUCCCUCCCACCCUCUCUCACGCUACCACUUCCAAGCCAGCCUAUACAGGACCGCCGCCGCCACCGAUUCAUCGACCUCUUGAUCCUGCUUUUCUUCCAGUCCCUAAGCGGCCCUCCACCCAUUACCUACCUCAUCAUGCAGACUAUCAGUCACCUGGACACGCUGACGCCACUCACCCCACGGCCACACCUAAGCCUCACUACAUCACCAUCAUCCUGCCUCCUGAAACCUCUCCCAAACCAGAUUAUGUUCCUCCAGCUGCUCCUAAGAAGGAAUACGUUCCCCCGUCUUCCCCUAAACCAGAUUAUGUCCCUCCGUCUUCCCCUAAACCAGAUUAUGUCCCUCCGUCUUCCCCUAAACCAGAUUAUGUCCCUCCCUCUUCCCCUAAACCACAUUAUGUUCCUCCAGCUGCUCCUAAGGAGUACGUUCCCCCGUCAUCCCCUAAACCAGAUUAUGUCCCUCCGUCUUCCCCUAAACCAGAUUACGUCCCUCCGUCCUCUCCUAAAACAAACUAUAUUCCCCCGUCUUCCCCUAAACCAGAUUACGUUCCUCCGCCUUCCUCUAAACCAGAUUACUUGCCUCCAACCUCUCCUAAACCGGAGUACGUGCCGCCUAAAGUACCCAGACCCGUGUCCCCUGCCAGACAUCCUCCAGCCAGCGUCACCACCUACAGACCCUUGCACGAUCCCAAGAUACAGCAACUACAAGACUUUAGCCAUCCUGGGAAAAGCCGGCCCUCCCCCUCCAGGCCUUCCUCCCCCCCGGUGUACUAUCCCACCACAACCGGCCCAGGAUACAAUGAACUACCACCGCACAUCACCGGCCAUCGCCCUCUAACACCAAAACCCUUCAUCGAGGAUUAUUAUGAUGAUGAUGAUGAUUACUACUAUGAUGACGAAGACGAUGACUAUUACUAUUACUAUGAUGAUGAUGAUGAUGACUAUUAUUAUGACUAUGAUGAUUAUUACGACUAUUAUUAUUACUACGAUGACUACGACUACGGCCCCUACUCAGCGCCUCUGCGAACUCCCUUCCAACUCACCUUCCAAGACGACUACGACAUCCACGAGAGCGACAUCCUGGAGUACGGUUACAUCGCCGGCAUUCCUGGUCGAGCGGGUCGCGACUAUCCCAUCCUCAGUUACAUCCCUCUCACGUCUUUUGGCUGUGACCUGGUGGCAGACUACCCUGGAUACUAUGCUGACAUGGAGGCCGGCUGUCAGGUUUUCCACAUCUGUCACCGUAGUGGCCGACAAGACUCCUUCCUCUGUCCCAAUGGUACUGUGUUCAACCAGAAGUACUUUGUAUGCGACUGGUGGUACAACUUUGCCUGUGAGGACGCGCCCUUUUUCUAUCCUGUGAACGCUGCUAUCGGGCAACCGGGCGUCCCCCUACAUAGGAACGCUUUCGAGCCUGAUCUGCGGGUGGUUCACAACCUUCCACCCCUCCACGCACGCCCACGUCCACACCCACAACCACGUCCAGCCACACUUAUUCCCCAUCACCAGCCUGAGCUGGUAACUCUCGCACCUCUCCCUCCUGAACUUGUCCACACCGCCUUAGGAUGAAAUGUAGGACUCCCACUACCUGUUGUCGUCGCUCAAGCGGGAUAACCAAGUCAUUUAAUGCCGGGGAGCACUACAGGACGCCAUCAUCACCAACACGCAGCUCCUUACUUUUUUUUUAUUUUUUUUUUUAUUAGUCCUGCUUAAUGUUGUGUGGGUAAUGGCUACCCACGGCUUCUCAGUAUUGAUUUUACUUUUAGGAAUUAAGCCAUAGAUUUUUUUUUUUUCUGAGGUGACUGUAUGCAGGAUAAUACUGGGUCUUGCAUGAAUUCACCCUGUGUAAGUCCUGUGUCUUUCUUGGGCUUUCAUAAUGUUUCGGUUCGGACUCUCACAAGGUGUAGUUCCUUGUGUACCUGGCGUCCUGUUAUCUUGCUGAUUACGUAUUCAGUAACCUCUUAUUGAAAUCCUUUGUUUUAGUCCGUUAUUGUGGUUAUUUGUUGUAGUCCUCACAUGUUAGUUACACUUUGUUUCACUCGUUUGAUGGGUUCCUUGUCCCUGCAAGGUGCUCAUAUAUAGUCCCACAGGUAUGCUCGUUGUCCACUGUGAGUAUCUAGUCCGUUGUUGUGUAAAUACUAGUUCUUAUAUCACCCUUCAGGCAUCCUGUCUUAUCCCUCGUGAUAAGACCACAUGCGCCUUCCUUAUUUUAGACUGUGAGGGAAAGUUCCUACUUCAAAAGAAUAUUCAGAAAUGUUUACCGAUGUAAUGAUGAUGGUGAAAAUUCUCCGUAGGUAAAGUUAAAUGGAGGAUCAUGUCUUUAGAAUAAUGUCGGUGUUGUCCCUCAUUUCUCAGCAUUACACGUGACUUGCGACACAACAAAGGAAGAGGUAUAGUACGCAUCGUGAGGUCGUAAGAAGCGUUUUUUUUUUUUUUCAUUCAUAAAAUGCAGUUAAAAAAAAUGUGGCCACACACACACACACACACACACACACACACACACACACACACACACACACACACACACACACACACACACACACACACACAUGCGCGCGCGCGCGCGUGAGAAGAAUAAAUGGAUGAUGAUGUUAUAUUGGUCACACAUUUGAAGUAUUCUUUAUAAGUAGACAACUACAUCUUUUGUUUGAGUUGCUGCUUUUCAGAUUUGCUCUUGAACCUUCUAUUUGAAUGGUAGAGUAAUAUUCCAGUACAUUGAUUUUAGUGUAACAAUGACUUUUCUGUUGUUUUGAUAUUGUAAAUGAAGAAUAUUGUCAUGUCACUACUUACAUUAUAGAAUUUUUACAUCCACUUUCACAUUCAGGUCGUGAUGUUCUUCAAAUAUAGUUUAUAUAACUACCAUUUUUCUGAAUGAAAUUUUUUUUUUCUCUCUCUCUCUCUCUCUCUCUCUCUCUCUCUCUCUCUCUCUCUAACAAGUAAUUUUUACAACGAUCUAUGUUCUGUUAGCAAUUAUACUGGAAUCUAAUUUUUUGCAUGUUAUCGUGAUCAUUCGUGUUGUUGGCAUGAAUUGCUUAUCGUUGCCGUAAAAAAAACAAAAAAGUGCGCCUGCAGGCAGAUAGAGAUUACUGCUGCUAAUGUUAUUCUUACUGGAAUUUUAUAUGAAGAAAAUAAAUAAAUAAAGAAAGAAAGAGUAGAAAAAAGUACUUGAGAAAAUGUGGUAUGUCGAGUAUAAUACAGACUUGUGUGAUCGGGUACUCUCUCUCUCUCUCUCUCUCUCUCAGUUGAUAUUGAUUUUUUAUGCUAUAAGCGACUCGUUACUCCCAAGUCAGGCCUUUAUAACGGCAACUCCUGUCUGUGAAAACAAACAAAACAAACAGAACACACAGGAAACAAGCAGUAUCCAUCACAACUCUAAUUCCUACACCUAGUACACAAUACAUUCUCUCCAGAAACUCCUUCCGUGGCAACUGGCAGUUAACUACUGCAAACAACUGAGAACUUUAUUUUUAUUUUAUUUUUUCCAUCGGAAUAUUAAAAGGCAGAAUCUACUGAGGCUGUGGUGAGUUGAUAAGGAAGGGCAAAGUAAGCAAAGUAAAUACAGGGCAGGAAGGCGACGGGAAAUAGUCGACUGUUUCCUUACCCAACAUAUUCACGAUGUAACCCGAAUCAGAGUUGACAAUACAGUUAAUACUCUUGACCUUCUUUUCACUAAUGAUGAAGAAAUUUUUAGAGGAUAUCAAGGUUGACAGUCCCCUAGGAAGAAAUGACCACGCCUGCAUUUUUGUGAGUGUUGGUAUACAGGAAGUGGAAGAUGUGUCGAAGAAACAAGUCUUUAUGUAUGAGAAGGCUGACUAUCAACUAAUGAAAAGAAAACUGGAUAUUGACUGGUUACAAUAUUUCGGAAAAGAUUCUGAUACAGAAGAAAAAUGGGCAAAAUUAUGUAAUAAAAUACAGACAGUAAGAGAAGAGUCUAUAGACUCUAUACCAAAGAAACAGGUUAGGAAAAAAAAAAAAAGACAAGAAAACGGACCAACAAAAGCAUUGCAAUAAAUAGAAAAUUGUGGCCGAGGUUUUAAAAGAAAGAGAGAGGGCAACACGCAAGAUUACUAAAAGGGUGUUGAGAUGGAGUAUAGACGCUUAAAUAAUCAAGUAAGAAAGGACACUAGAAAUGUUGAGAAAAUUAAGGAGAGAGAAGUGGCAAAGCAUAUUAAGAGAAUCCCAAAGUUUUUAGAGGUAUGUAACAACAAAAACAAAAAUGAAGUCUAGCAUUGGUGAACUAUACCAAGAUACUGUUGAAACUGAAAAGAUUACCAGUAAUAAGGAGAAAGCAAAUUCACCAUCAGCAAUUUGCAAGUGUAUUUAUUGAAGAAAUCGAAGGGCAAUCGCCACUAAUCACACUAAUACUCGCGGGAGUUCAAGAAAGAUUUAUAAAUCUCGAGCACGACUUGACCUGAGAAAAAUAUUUAUUAUCCCAUCGAGCAGUGAACAUUUGCAAUGAUUUGCCAGAGUGGGUAGUGUGUGCUGACUCAGUGAAGAGCUUUGAGACUAGACUCGUUAAAUACUGGAAAAGGCUAGAGCUGAAAUUUAACUGCCGAGCACAUAUAACCAACCACCACACGCGGCCAACAAACUAAUGAUGUUGAGGCUGCCCUACUGGAGUCACAGGCUUGCUAGGGCCUCUACCAGAAAAUCGUCCCUGUAAGUCCAUGUAAGUCAGCUGACUGUCAGACUCACUCUUGUCCCCAAGAUGACAGGCGUGGGUAAGGGUGCGCCAUGUCACCAGCGAGUCGUCCAAACACGCAGCCCAGCAUAGGAAGGAGACUGGCAGAGGAAUUAAAGUAGAUCUUGUACUGACAGGAGACAAAGACGAUGAAAAUAGUGAGCUUCUUAGAAAAUUUUCCGGUAGACACUUAAUUAAGGAUGUAAAUGAAGACACAAGCAAACCAAUAGUGGUGGUGGCAGUGAUCCCCAUAGUGGACAAGUGUUGGUGAAAAGACCACAUCAGUAGGAUCGUGACGAAGAUAAUCAAUUAACUCCAGUGGCUGCCCCGCUGAGUGGCGUAUCAAUGGUGGACCUGAUGAGUAGACGUGGGCCCAUGGCAGUGGUGUACCUAAUGGGUGGACGUGUCAGUGAUUGACCUGUGGGUGGACCCGCCAGUGGCGGACCAGGGAUCCUUGUCGCUUCACCUGCCUGCUUCAUCUGGUGGGAUUGUUGUAGUAUGGAAGGCUAUGGACCACAAGAUGACUGUGAGGUGACCGGAUCGAGGAGCAUCAAUGGCCGGCCAAAGC